AUGCAUCUCAACUCGCGCGUCCAUCGGGGCGACCAGAUCUCGUGUCCCUUUUGUCAGAGGUCUUUCGUCUCAGCCACCGGCGUCACUCAUCACCUCGAGUCAGGCAGCUGUCCUGAAGCACCCAACUUAGACAGAGAGAAGAUCUACCGAGCCGUCCGGUCCAGGGACCCCCAAGGUUCCAUCACAAAGAAGCUACUUGAGUGGAAUGGACCUAGCCAGUACACGGUUACCGAUCGGUCCUGGAACGGAUAUGGGUUUGAAUGCUAUUUCUGCCAUCGCGAGUUCGAUCGCCUUCAGAGCCUCAAUCAGCACGUCAACUCGCCCGCUCACCAGCAGAAUCUGUACCAUUGUCCUAAUCGCGGUUGCGGCUUGGAUUUCAAAACUCUUGCCAGCACCAUUAACCAUUUGGAGAGCGAGUCUUGCGGAUUCAUGCGCUUCGAGGCCGUGCAGAGGAACAUGGGGGAUCUAAUUAGCAGUAACCGUCGUCUGACUUUCUGA